CGAUGCAGGUGACCGGCCAUGCCUGAUCUGGCUGCACCUAAACUCGAAGCGUGCCAGCGCAGCUACCGUCUUCGCAGCAAAGUGCCGUGCAGCAAUUCCGCCCGCACUCCCCGCAACAUGAUGGGCGCAUCCACCCAGGUCCAGCUCCGCGAUUCCCUACAACCGAUUUUGUUGCCGGCCAGAUUUCAGUCCCGUGUUUCUUGCCAUGAUGCUGUCUGACACUAGCGGCGUCCUCACUGGACGUUUCUUAAAGCUGUCGAUGCCGCUGUUUCGAUGCCGAUCAGCAUUGUGUACUACUACAUCAAUUGAUACCCACGAGAGCUUCUUUGUUGAUUGCCUCGUACACUACCCUUUAAUUAUUAUCUUCAUACACCGUCGAACACAAUGGCCGUCGAAAACUACGACGUCGUCAUAAUCGGUGCUGGACCAGUUGGUCUCUGCCUCUCCACAUGUCUCUCAAGAUGGGGUUACAAGAUCAAGCACAUCGACAACCGACCCGAGCCCACAGCGACCGGCCGUGCAGACGGUAUCCAGCCCCGAUCGCUGGAUCUUCUCCGCAACAUGGGUCUGAAGCGUCAGAUCAUGGCUCACGAGCCUGCGAAGGUAUACGAAGUUGCUUUCUGGGAUCCGAGCUCGAAGGGUGGCAUUGUCCAGACCGGCACAUGGGCUAGCUGCCCGAAGUUUAUUGAUGCACGCUACCCAUUCACAACGCUGCUGCACCAGGGUCUAAUCGAGAGGGUAUUCAUUGAGGAUAUCGAGAAGAACGGAAAUACGGUCCAGCGCCCAUGGACAAUUACUGGAUUCAAGAAUGAUGGGAAGGACGCCACACACCCAGUAGAGGUCAACCUUGCCCAUGUCGAUGGCACACAUUCGGAGACUGUACGAGCGAAGUAUCUCUUCAGCGGAGAGGGCGCAAGGAGUUUCGUUAGGGAUCAGCUUGGUGUCAAGAUCAGGUACAAGGACCCAAUUGCGCACGUUUGGGGUGUCAUGGAUGGUGUUGUCAGGACGAACUUCCCUGACAUCAAAAUGAAGUGCACAAUUCACUCAGACGCAGGAUCUAUUAUGAUCAUUCCCCGCGAGGACAACAUGGUCCGUCUCUACAUCCAAGUUGCCAGUUCGACAGAUAAAGACUGGGACCCCCGCAAGCAGGCCACAGCAGAGGAGGUACAAGAGAAGGCAAAGGCGAUUCUGAAGCCAUACGAGAUCACAUGGGAUCGCAUCGAGUGGUUUUCUGUCUACCCUAUCGGGCAGGGUAUCGCUGAGAAGUAUACACUUGACGAGCGUAUCUUCAUGGGUGGAGAUGCUUGCCACACACACUCGCCCAAGGCCGGCCAGGGCAUGAACACAGCGUUCCUAGAUGCUGUCAAUCUGGCCUGGAAGAUUCAUCACGUGGAGUCUGGUUGGGCGCCUCGUUCCAGCCUCUCUACCUACGAGUCGGAACGCCAAAUGAUCGCUGAAACCCUUCUUGACUUCGACGCACGCUAUGCAAAGCUCUUUUCCACGCGUAUACCCUCUGCUGGUGAAGUCGCAGGCGCAUCCGCGGCUUCCACAGAGGCUGAGGAGAACGAGUUCAUCAAGACAUUCAAGGCAAGCUGCGAGUUCACAUCUGGUUUCGGUGUAGCAUACAAUCCCAACUCCAUCAAUUGGAGCUCCGAACACCCCGCGCAGCACCCCCUUCUCCUCCAAUACGAGAAGGGCACCAAGCUGCGAACCGGCCGCAUCAUGAUCCCCGCAACCGUCACCCGUGUUGUCGACGCCAAUGUGGUACACCUCGAGCAAGAGAUCCCUCUGAACGGCUCGUACCGCGUCUACAUCUUCGGUGGCGCUCUCGGCCAAACAGCCACCGCGCUCAAGGACCUCGCAUCCCACAUGUCCGCUCCGACAUCGUUCUUCUCCAACUUUCUCUACAAAGACAUCGACGCCACCGACCGCUACCACGAGAAGCACAACCCCCAUACUUCUUUUCUCUCGCUCGCCAUCAUCAUCAACGCUCCUCGCGCAAAGAUCCACAUCGACGAGCAGCUACCUAGGAUCCUUGCACGCUACGCUGACCACGUCUACGCGGACGAUGUGUGGGAUUUGCGGGUUCCGGAUGCGAAGGCGGCGGCACACGCAAAGGUGGGGCUUGAUGAGGAGAAGGGCGGUGUUGUCGUUGUCAGGCCCGAUGGGUAUGUCAGUGCUGUUGUCAAGCUCGAGGAGGGUAGCGGGACGGCGGAUGCCCUGAAUAAGUACUUUGGUGCUGUGACAGGGAAGAGCCUUGGCGGCGAGAGAGCGAGUUUGUAGAGUCGGUUUGGAGACCUUUUGGUGUUUGCUUGCAUAGCGUGUUCUUGAAUACCUCUACCCGUGGACUGUACAUGAGAUGGUUUCAUCCAUUGUGAACCUAUUCAUUCUUUCUCCAGUGCUUCUUUUGUGUUUUACUUAGUCUCACAGAUAUGAACGAAUGCAGGGUUUAGAUAAUGGUACAGCUUUCUCC